GCGAAGGAACUUCCCCGAUUGCGGACCGUAUCGGUCACAGAUCAUUUAGGAUAGUGCGCGUUGAGCUGUUCCCCUGUGAUUAAUCUGAUAUAUCGACCAUCAAGUGAGGAGCCUUUAUUGUUUCGUUUGACAGCCAUCAUCGUACGUGAAACGUAAUAUUCCCGGGUGUGCACGAGCCGAACCCCAUCGAAAUCAAGUGUAAUUACGAUGCUUGCGAUACAGUCGGUAGAUAUUAUAAAUCUGGCCUUUGCGUGUGAUUUGUGAGUGGUCGCUUCAUCAUUCUGUCGAGAGAUAUAAUUAAAGAACGCGAGGCGUGUCUUUAGCCGGAUAAUUUAUUUCUUUCCUUUGAUACACAAACAAUUAUACAAACGUUCUUCUCGGAAUUUAAUAACAAUGAAGGUACCAAAGAUGUCAGAAGUAUUCGUAUCUAUUAACUCUUGAGAUACAGACAGUCCUGCUUGUAUACAAAAAGAAAAAAAAAGAUACUUGAAUGCUGUCUCAAUGAACGGUACAUGGAAAGAAGAUUUAAAUGUAGGGAAAAAAUGGCGGUCUUUUAGAAUGUAAAGUGGUUAAAGAUGUUUGUAAUGAACGGAAGCGGUGCUAAAGCUUGGCUGUUUCUACUCCUCUUGCUGAUCCAAGAUGGCAAGUGCAUCAAGUGGCUAGCUCUCGGCCGUACAGGAAAUGAUCAUGUAUGGACGAAAGAAACAUGCACAAGCGCCAAAAACUCCGGUCUUUUAGAAAGAAAACAAGCAAGAGCGUGUAGAUCAACGCCAGACGUGAUGCCCAGCUUAGUGCAAGCAGCAAAAGAUACUUCGACUGUAUGUCAGCAAGCAUUUCGACAUCGUAGGUGGAACUGCAGCAGCAUCGAGCGUGCACCGAAUUAUACACCUGAAUUACUUACCGGAACGAGAGAACAAGCGUUCGUUUACGCAAUGUCGGCUGCAGCAGCAGUUUGGAGGCUUGCAAGAGGAUGUGCUUUGGGUAAUCUCGCAGCUUGUUCUUGUGCUACUCCUCCACGAAGGGAACCACCAUCGCCGUCUGCAUUGAUUUCACCUUCGUCCUUUACCGCCACCUCAGUUUCAUUUGGUUCACCGUCAAUCAAAAAUUCCUUCAAAUGGGGAGGUUGCGGCGACGACGUUAGAUCAGCGUCGCGAAUAGCCAAGAGAUUUCUUCAAGGUGCAACUCCUCCUGGAACAGGCGUAACAGCAAAAUUUAUGCACGCUGUUAACAUGCACAACAACCGUGCUGGCCGAAGGGCAGUAGAACAGUCCUUAACCCUGGAAUGUAAAUGCCAUGGAGUGUCUGGAUCGUGUAGUGUACGUACCUGCUGGAGAGGACUUGGCUCUUCAGGACCAGUUGCCGCUGGCAGUCGUCUACUUCGGAGAUACGCAACAGCAGUAGAAGUUCGAUCGAGAUCAGGAGGAAGGUUACCACCUUUAUAUCAUCAUGAUAAUCUCUUAUAUACCACCAAAAGUCCUGACUACUGUCUUCCUGAUAAAAAGAGGGGUAGCCUCGGAACUGUUAGCAGACAAUGUAAUGGUAGCAGUACGGGUUACGAAAGUUGCGAGUAUCUUUGUUGCGGCCGAGGUCAUACAACUAAAACGGAAGAAGUUCUAGAAAGAUGUGACUGCAAAUAUAUUAGCUGUUGCUAUGUAAAAUGCAAGACAUGUAGGAGAAUCGUGAAAACUUAUGAGUGUAAAUGAACACGUAAAACCGAAAGAUUUUUAAUUAAAAAGAGUCCUUAUUAUAUCUGAAAUAAGAAGUUAACUGUACUCAUGAAGUCAUCCAUUAUUGUAUAAACAAUCAUUCAAUUUAUGUGAAGGUAUUAAUUGUUCUUAUCUGAAACGGUUGAAAAAUGAAUAUCUAGUUUCAGCUGUCCUUAGCAACUGUCAUAUUUAUAGUAAAAAAAAAAUUAAGGACCGUG